AUGUCCGAUUCUAAAGGUGAAGUCACCGUCCAGGCAACGGCCUCUGAUACCUACUCUCCUCCAUCUCAGUCCAAGGAUACGGUGGAAGAAGCCGUGUCAGCUCCAGCUGUUCAGAAUGAGGAUGAACAUGUCGUGGCGGACCAGGUUGACACGAAGAAGGGCUUCUUCGCUUACUUCACUACCAAGGAAUUCUAUAUAGUCCUGGUUCUAGGACAAAUACUCGCUAUCACGAACACAUCCACUAGUACUUUUACCACCCUACUUGCUAAUGAGAACUGGUCCAUUCCCACCUUCCAAACCAUUCUCAACUAUAUUCUUCUGACGGCAUUCUUCACUCCUUAUACAAUGUAUAAAUAUGGAAUGAAGGGCUGGUUCAAAUUGCUCUGGAAGGAUGGCUGGAAAUACUUCAUCCUGGCCUUUUGUGACGUCCAAGGCAACUACUUCGUCGUGCUAGCUUACGAUUACACCACAAUUCUCAGUGCGCAAUUGAUCAACUUCUGGGCCAUCGUCGUAGUGGUCAUCGUCUCUUUCCUCUUCUUAGGAGUACGCUACCACUGGACCCAAAUCAUCGCCAUCUUCAUCUGUAUCGGCGGCAUGGGUCUCCUAAUUGCCUCGGACCACAUCACCGGUUCCAACGGAGGCAACGUCACGAACGGCAACCAGCUGAAAGGCGACCUCUUCGCACUCCUAGGAGCAUCCUUCUACGGUCUGACCAACACAGCAGAGGAGUAUUUCGUCAGUAAGCGUCCCGUCUACGAAGUUCUGGGCCAGCUGUCAUUCUGGGGUACCCUCAUCGACGGCGUGCAAUCGGUCAUCUUUGAGCGCCACAAGUAUCACACAUCUACUUGGGACGGCAAGGUCGGCGGCUACCUGACCGGAUUCACGCUGUGUCUUUUUCUGUUCUAUAUCCUUGCUCCUCUCAUGUUCCGACUUUCGUCUGCGGCUUUCUUCAAUAUCUCGCUGUUGACCAUGAACUUCUGGGGCGUGUGCAUCGGCAUCAAGGUCUUCCACUACCACAUUCACUGGAUGUACCCUAUUGCCUUCGUCUUGAUCAUUGUGGGCCAGCUAAUCUACUAUCUUGGUCGUCGCGCACUCGCUGAAGCCCGGAAGCCGUGGCUUGGUGAGAAUCAGGAAAAUGGUGUGGCGGGUCUGUUCACUGCUAAGCAGCGGAUUGAGCAUGUAAUUCCUGGUGCUACUGAGCCUAGCAACCAGGAGCACCUGACUAAUACUAAUACCAGCGCUGUCUGA